GUUUCUCGUCUCCACAUCACUCAGCAGCCUUGUGUUGUUCUACCGCAGCAGAAGAGGAAGAGGAAGAAGAAGAGGAAAAAGAAGAGGAAGAAGAAGAGGAGGAAAACUCUUCUUGUGUUGCUUUGAGAUUCAGUUUUUGUUCCGUCAGAGUGUCGGUGUCACCAUGAGCCGACCCGGGACCUCGGCACCGCUCUCCACCCAUCUGCUGCUCUUCCUGUCCACCGUCAUCUCAGCCACACUUGCGGGUUCCCCGGCCUUCGCCGCCAACGACACGGUCGGCAACAGCACCAGGUGCGGGGGGGGCAGUGUCUGCGUGGAAGGCGUCAUCCUGCCGAUGUGGAAGCCGGAGAACCCUGCCUUCGCCGACCGCCUGGCCAGGGCCACCGUGUACUUCGUGGGGCUGGCGUACAUGUUCCUGGGCGUGUCCAUCAUCGCUGAUCGCUUCAUGGCGUCCAUCGAGGUCAUCACCUCCCAGGAGAGGCAGAUCACCAUCAAGAAGCCCGACGGGGAGAAGGUCACCGCCACGGUGCGCGUCUGGAAUGAGACAGUGUCCAACCUGACCCUGAUGGCGCUUGGUUCCUCCGCGCCAGAGAUCCUCCUGUCGGUAGUGGAGGUGUGCGGUCACAACUUCGAUGCCGGCGAGCUGGGCCCCAACACCAUUGUGGGGAGCGCCGCAUUCAACAUGUUCGUCAUCAUCGGCUUCUGUGUUUCCGUCAUUCCAGAGGGGGAGACCAGGAAGGUCAAGCACCUCCGGGUGUUCUUCGUCACCGCCGCCUGGAGCGUCUUUGCGUACAUCUGGCUCUACCUGAUCCUGGCCGUCUUCUCCCCGGGCGUGGUGGAGAUAUGGGAGGGUCUGGUAACACUCUUCUUCUUCCCUAUUUGCGUCGGAUUCGCGUACGCCGCCGACCGCCGGCUCCUUUUCUACAAGUACAUGCGCAAGCGGUACAGAGCAGGGAAGCAGAAGGGAAUGAUCAUCGAGACGGAGGGAGAACCCGAGCUUCCCCCGAAGGCCGACAUCGAGAUGGACGGGAGGAUGCUCGCCGCCGACAGAGAGGAGUACGAUUUCAAGGAGCCAGAUGAGGAGGAGGCCCGCAGGGAGGUGGCCCGCAUCCUGAAGGAGCUGAAGCAGAAGCAUCCCGAGAAGGACAUGGAGCAGUUGACAGAGCUUGCCAACUACCAGGUUCUGACGCUGCAGCAGAAGAGUCGGGCUUUCUACCGCUGUCAGGCCACCAGGAUCAUGACAGGAGCGGGAAAUGUCCUGAAGAAGCACGCCGCCGACCAGGCCAAGAGGGCCGCCCGGCACGACAUCUGCUCUGAGGUUUCGGUGAACGACUUCUCCACCAAGGUGUUCUUCGACCCUUGCACCUACCAGUGUCUGGAGAACUGUGGCACCGUGGCGCUGAAUGUCGUGCGCCGCGGCGGAGACCCAACGAGUGCCAUCUCGGUGGAUUACCGUACCGAAGACGGCACCGCCAACGCCGGCUCGGAUUACCGGUUCACCGAGGGAACCAUUGUGUUCAUUGCAGGGGAGACCGAAAAGGAACUCCGCAUCGACAUAAUCGACGACGACAUCUUCGAGGAGGACGAGCACUUCCUGGUUCACCUCAGCAACGUGAAGGUCAUAUCAGAGGGCGCCGGCUGGGACGGGCUUAAGGCAAACCACCAUGACCCCCUCGCCAGUUUGGGCCUGCCGUGCUCGGCCACCGUCACCAUCUUCGACGACGACCACGCGGGGAUCUUUACCUUCGAGAAUCCGGCGCUUACCGUAAGCGAGAGCGUUGGGGUGAUGGAGGCGAGGGUGGUCCGGACCUCAGGAGCUCGCGGGGUCGUGGCGGUUCCGUACAAAACCAGGGAAGGAACAGCUAAGGGGGGUGGCGAGGACUUUGAGGACACGCACGGUGUCCUGGAGUUCGAGAACGAUGAGAUCUUCAAAACUAUUCAGAUCAAUAUAAUUGAUGAUGAAGAAUAUGAGAAAAACAAGAACUUCUUCCUAGAGAUCGGAGAACCUCAGCUGCUGGAGAUGAGUGAGAGGAAAGCUGUGUUGCUUCAGGAAGUCGGUGGAUUUGUCAAAACAGGCAGAGACGUCUACAGGAAAGUCCAAGGACGAGACCACCCGGCCCCCUCAGCCGUCAUCAGCAUCACAGAUGAGGGGGGUGAGGAGGUUUUGACCAAGAAGGAGAAGGAGGAGAGGAGAAUUGCAGAGAUGGGUCGACCGAUGCUGGGCGAGCACAUCAAACUGGAGGUCAUCAUUGAGGAGUCGUACGAGUUCAAGAGCACCGUGGAUAAACUCCUGAAGAAGACCAACCUGGCCCUGGUGAUCGGGACCAACAGCUGGAGAGAGCAGUUUGUGGAGGCCAUCACAGUGAGCUCUGGUGGUGAUGACGAUGAUGAAUGUAGCGAGGAGAAGCUGCCCUCUUGUUUUGACUACGUCAUGCACUUCCUCACCGUCUUCUGGAAGCUCCUGUUUGCCUUAGUUCCUCCGACGGACUACUUCAAUGGCUGGGCCUGCUUCGUCGUCUCCAUCUCCGUCAUCGGCCUUCUGACGGCGUUCAUCGGUGACCUGGCGUCGCAUUUCGGCUGCACCGUCGGCCUCAAAGACUCCGUCACGGCUGUGGUGUUUGUGGCAUUGGGCACAUCUGUACCAGACACCUUUGCCAGUAAGGUGGCAGCCAUCCAGGACCAGUAUGCCGACGCCUCAAUCGGCAACGUUACAGGUAGUAACGCUGUCAACGUCUUCCUGGGUAUUGGCGUGGCCUGGUCCAUCGCUGCCGUCUACCACUACUCCAAGGGCCAGCAGUUUAAGGUUGACCCGGGCACGCUCGCCUUCUCCGUCACGCUCUUCACCAUCUUUGCAUUCAUCUGCAUUGCUGUGCUCCUCUACCGCCGGCGGCCCGAAAUCGGCGGGGAGCUCGGCGGACCCAGAGUCCCCAAGAUUCUCACCACCUGUCUGUUCUUCAGCCUGUGGUUGAUGUACAUUGUCUUCUCCUCGUUGGAGGCCUACUGCCACGUAAAAGGCUUCUGAAAGUUCUGCUUUCUGUCGGGUCACCGAAGGUUCUGUGGUGAAAACUUUUCAGGGCCUUCUAAGGGUUCCAGUAGGUUCCUGCAUAUUCUGAUGGGUUCCUUUGAUUUGUGUUAUUGGUCUCAAAAGGUUGAAGAUAUCCAAAGGUUGUAACAGCUUUGUGAGAGUUGAUGCAUACCUCAAGCUUCUGAAGUAAAUCUUCUGACAGCUCUCCUGGAUGAACUCUGAACCGGGUUUGAGGUUCCUGAAUCCUAAAAAUAUAAUAUUCUACUGGAUCAUAUUCUCUAAAUGUCUAACAAAUUCAAAACAACUUUUAUGGCUUAUACAUUACUUAAAGUUCCUAUGUGUUCCUGCAUAAUGUGACAGGUUCAUUUUCCUGACGGUUUGGAUGAACUUUAAAGUGUUCUGCCAGGUUGUGUCCAGUUUCUAUAGAUUGUGUUGUUUGUCUCAGGAUUUAAAAGGUCAGUUGAUGACAGUUGAUGGAUAUCAUGUUCCAGUAGGUUCCUGCAGAUUGUGAAGAGCUCCAGGUAUUUGUUCAAAGUGUCUCAAUAAACAUCCGGAUCCUGUUUUGGUUCCAAAAUGUUAUUAUUUCCUAUUAUUUCUAUUAUUUGUCAAAAGGAAAGUUAUAUAAUUAUAAUGCUUAUAACGGGUCCCUGACCAUAGAUGUAUAUCUGAAAGCGCUGGUGGAUAUUUAGCAUAAUUAGCAGCCAAAGCUUUCGACUUCUUACUAGAACCCGAGAGGCUUUUCGAGGCGACAGCGUUGCACCUCAACGAAUAUCUGCACGAGUUUGAAAUGUAGUUCUUCUAAAAGUGAAAAUCAAACAGAUCCAGGUCAAGGUAUUUUGUGUGUUUGUGUGCAUUCGUAACCGAGUAGAGGAAACGGCCUGAAUGAUGUUCUUUCAUGUGAUUGGCUGUCUGGAAACAGCAGCUGCCCAUUGGAUGAUGGACAUGAGAGCUGAUGAGACAGAGAACUGUGUCCUUUCUUCAGAUGUUAAAGUCCAGCGUUGUCUUUAGGUUUGUGGAUAUUUAGCCUCUGAUUGGUCUACAAAUAUAUUUGAGUGAGUCUUAAUGACACAUUUUAAUAUGAUUAUGUUUAGCAAGAUACUUGAUAUGUCGAAGCAUAAUACAUCAUUUUUCAACAUACUAUACUAAAAUGUUUUAUGGUAUUAUUGACAUAUUCGACUAUGUUUGUUUUUCAUAUUCUUCCACUAAAAUACAAAAAUGAUUCACGACGGUCUCUGAAACACUAUGCGGGUAAUAUUACACCCAUGAAAUAGUUACUUUGUAACAUAACGUAAUAGUGACUCUUGUAUGGGGUAUACAGGUAUAUAUAGUACACUCUAAAUGUCUUUCCCGGUGUGGCUGGUUUGUGGCGUGAAAUUGAGAUGUUGUGGAAAUGAUACUUUAAGACCAUAAAAAGAUGCCAUACAA